AUACAACGAAUGGUUAAAAGAAUUUGCCCUUGCUGAUAAUUGCCAGCGGAACUAUUUUCAUCCCGAACUUGUUUCUUUCUGUGCCGUUUCCUCGCUAACACAACAAAACCGGAAGUGACGGAUUUUCGGCGUUUGUUUUUUUUCUUUCUUUCUCGAAACGUGGAGAAGGAGUUCUAUAGAAAAUCGGUUUGUACAGGUUCAGGUUGCAGGCAUCAUUAUGAUCAUCCCGAUCCGCUGUUUUACCUGCGGGAAGAUUGUAGGGAACAAGUGGGAGGCUUAUCUGGGUCUCCUUCAGGCAGAAUACACAGAGGGAGACGCUCUGGAUGCGCUGGGCUUAAAGAGGUACUGCUGUCGAAGGAUGCUGCUCUCUCACGUCGAUCUGAUUGAGAAACUGCUGAACUACGCCCCGCUGGAGAAAUAAAACUCGGACUAAAUGGCUUCAUCUCUGUCUUUCAUGUACUGAAUGUGUUCACUGAACCGACUUUUACGGCUUCUUGACUUCACUGUGCUGCAGUUCUGUGAUUGGAUUUCCUUUUUGUAUAAAUAAAAGUAGUAAAUAUGA